UUACGAGCAAUUCGUAUUAAUAAAGAAAUCUUGGCAAACACAAGAGGUGAUGGCUUUCAAGAUGGCGGCGACGUAACGUUGCGGUCGCUGGCUGAGAUUUGCCAAGGGAAUUGCUAACUAUGGCUCAUAAAACCAAUCUAUGUCGCACUAACUCAGCUCAACACAAAGCAAGUACUGUCUCUCGACAGCUGCCGAGAAUGUCUUUAUGUGUCUUCUUUCGCCUGCUGUGUGUGCUUUCCUUUCUUCUCCUACCUCGUUCUCCCUCUUACCACCAUACAUAUCCCACCUGGCCCCACCACACCCCACAUCCCCACAUAACACCCUUCAUUCGCCUCCUAGUAUCCUGUCCUCCACCAACAUUUUAGCUCUCUGUCACAUUGGGUUAUAUCUGUACAGUGCAGGAGGUAUUUGGUGCCAAAUGAGCUUAAAUAUUGAACGCGUGCUACCGUUGGCGAGUGCCGCCUUGAAUUGUGAAGGAUGCCAGGAUUGGGCGGGUGCAUACGUCAAUUACUGUAAGGUUAUCGAGUCCAUGAGGAAGAUGGCUCGGCCAUUCGACAAUGCUGGCAAAGUUCCGGUAGGAGGUCCGGAAGCUUACGCUUGGAAUGGUUUGCUUGAGAAUUGCAUUCAUAAAGCCGACAGAUUACGGAGAUUGCUUUUGGAAGACGAAAUGCGACGCCAGGGUUUUCAGAUCAAUAAAGUGCUCUCGAAGAAAAAAUCGCUGCCUCGAAAUCCGUCAGAGUCCCGAAUCCUUCAUCCUCUUCCUCCUCAGGGACGAAGCGCGAGGGUACUGUACAAAAACGCGAGAAAGGCGAAGUCAGAACUGCUUCUCCCCACCGUUCACAUGUCUCCCGUUCCACGGACGGCUGCCGAUUCUCCCGGGGGUUCAUCUUCGUCGCGGUCGUCUGCAGAAUACGACGCCUCGUUCGCUAAAAAUGCAGCUGUAAGCAGUAAUUCGCUGGCAUCCAUCGAAGACCCUUUUCGAAACUUUAGCAUUUCAGCGUCUCCAGCUGUCGCCAUCCCGACAGCAACAAAGCCAACUCGUCAUGCUGCUCUAAAAGGUCUGCCUUCGCGUCCUUUGCCAUCCGUUGUUUCCGUUCCUUCUCGUGUUCACUCCGCAAAAAGCGUUUCCACUGCAUCUUACCCUUCUUCGCUCCACCCUCCUUCUUCCUCUUCUUACUCGCACUCUUCGCAUCCUCGGAGCCCGCCUGCACAUGAGCGUAAUACCCCGUCGCGGCCUCUGUCUUCGUCUCCCUCUCGUCCCUCUCACGCACACGUUGCUCCUCCCUCUGUCCCGCCUCCACAGCCUCCUCGCAACUACUCACCUUCGUCCGUUGCUGUUCCAACAACUCCCUUGCCGCCAAUACCCGCUACUACCCCUGCUCCUGCCUCAGAGUCGCCUUUGUCGGAUUUUGAGGCCGCCAUUAUGAGUGAGAUCAUGCAACCCGGUGAACCGGUGUAUUGGUCUGAUAUCGCAGGUUUGGAGGAUGCGAAGAACUCUUUGAAAGAAGCCGUUAUAUACCCUUUUCUGCGCCCAGAACUGUUUUGUGGUUUGCGAGAGCCAGUGCAAGGAAUGCUACUGUUCGGACCGCCUGGCACCGGUAAAACUAUGCUUGCCAAGGCAGUUGCAACAGAGGCAAAGGCGACUUUCUUUUCCAUCUCUGCAUCCUCUUUAACUUCGAAAUACCUUGGUGAGUCGGAAAAGCUUGUUCGUGCUCUUUUCACCGUAGCCAAACGUCAGCCAUGCAGUGUCAUCUUUGUCGACGAAAUUGACUCCAUUCUUUCUUCCCGUAGUGACCAAGGCAACGAGCAUGAAAGCUCUCGCCGAUUGAAAACCGAAUUCUUAAUUCAAUGGUCAUCCAUCACAAAUGCCACCGUUGACAAAAACGAGCAGCAACCGAGAGUCUUGGUGCUUGCUGCUACCAAUCUGCCUUGGUGUAUUGACGAAGCAGCUCGUCGGCGGUUUGUUAAACGCACUUAUAUCCCCUUACCCGAGUUUGAUACUCGCUACAAACAUCUGACGCAUCUCAUGAAAAACCAAAAGCAUUCUUUGUCAGAUUCUGAUUUCGAAGAACUCUCUCGGCUCACCGAAGGCUAUUCUGGUUCAGAUAUCACCGCACUUGCGAAGGAUGCCGCAAUGGGUCCUUUACGGUCGUUGGGUGACGCUUUGUUGACAACGAGUGUUGAGAACAUACCACCCAUUGAUUUAAAUCAUUUCAAAAACAGUAUAAAGACAAUUCGUCCAAGCGUUUCACCCGAAGGUAUUUCUCGUUAUGAGGAAUGGAACGCACAGUAUGGUUCGCAACGUUAAGCUCUAUUCUUCGCUGUGUUCCGGUUGUAAAUUACAGGCAAAACGCGUGCCUACGUCUACGUCGAGCGAAAACAUUGUGUGUUUUUUUUGCCGAAAUGUUGUUGAAGCUUGCCCACUUCACUGUUAUCUUUUAAAACUGUUCAAUAUCUUUUUCUCUUCGUUUCUUUUUGUCCAUUCAACCUAUUCUUUUUUUUUCUGCAUUUAAGUUCGCAUAAAACAUUCUUGAUGUUUCUUCUUCAUUAACUCGAUGCUAUGCAGGCCUUGUUUACACGCGUUAUGGUUGAUUAAGCAUUGCGCUUUGUUACAAGGUCUCUGUUAUUUGUUAUGUCAUUUUUAUUCUUCCUUUUUCUUCUUGAUGUUUAAAAAAAAAUUCGCGGAAUUCGAUGCGUAAUGAUACCAUAAUGUUGCUCCUUCUUUCGUGCAUUCUUACUGCGUACGAUUUGUUUUUUGAGAAUUCCUAUUCCUUUCGCUUAUCAAGUGUAAGGUAAAUCAAUGAUUUCUAUGAACAGUGUUUGAGUAUCUCUGUAUCUAUUGUAUCUUCUGUUCUGCUCUUUCUAAAUCGCAGAUUAUUUGUUAUUGUUUAUAUUGUACAUAAAAUACAUAUUUUAUGCGAAAAUGAAAAGAAAUUAUUCCGUA